UUCCGCUACUGGUUCUCCAGAACCUGUCGGACCCUGCUGAACGUCACCCCUGGUGUGCAUUACAGUUUUGGAGAAAUUAGAAGCAUUGGAGGCCAAGUGUUACAGUCAAGUCUGCUCUCCUGCAUUGAUCUUGGUUUGCUAAUUGUGGCUGUGUUGUUCCCUAGGAUUACUGUCUCCUUCAAUGUUAAUAACAGCAUUCCACCAAACGUUGAUGAACCCCCAGAAGGACAGAAGGAUAAUGAGGUUGAGAUUAGCCACACCGGAGAAGGGGAAAGUGAUAUGUUUUCCAUCCAAGAAGUCAGUUUCCAGCCUGGUGGAGAUUCAGACUGGCAGGAGAACAACUAUACUCUCAACACUGACUCUCUAGACUGGGCCCUGUAUGACCACCUGAUGGAUUUCUUGGCUGACCGAGGGGUGGACAAUACAUUUGCAGAUGAGCUUGUGAACCUCAGCACAGCCCUGGAGCACAAAGAGUACAUUCGGUUCCUUGAAGAUCUGAAGCAUUUUGUCAAAUGUCAGUAGGCUGAGUGAGCUAUGUGGAGGUCAAUCUAUUCUUUCAAGGGAGUUUGAGAGUGGGCUACUUUUUGCCCUCCCAAACCUGGACUCUAGUUUUAAAACCCCGGAAAACUACAGAAGUGAGGAUUGAAGCUUUUCUUUGGAGUUGAUUAUAUCCGCUCGAGGGUUAGAGGGGGAAUGAGACAUUACAGCCAUUCUGUAACUGUAGGCCGUCCAGCUGUCCACUAGUUUGAGGAGGUUUGUACAGUUUAAAAAGGAAAAUAAAUAAUGUGAAAAUAAA